AUGGUGACCCAGGCCUAUCAAAAUCUCCACGAACUUGGCGUGUGCGAUCGCGGCUUCGUUCCCGCAUUUUAUGGCUACAUCGAUCGGCUUGAUCCGUCUGCUUUCGUCCCGCCACUUCACCAUUUCAGCCGAGAUAAAUUCAAGCCACGAGCCAUUCUGAUUGAAUACCUGCCUGACGCAGAAAGGCUGGAUUGUGUAAAUUAUUCCCAAGACCUCAUUCGCCAUGCGGUUCAAGGUUUACGAGAGAUCCAUACUGCCUUUGUCCACCACCGUGAUAUUUACCCGAAGAACAUGCUUGUAUCGGGUGGCAAGAUUAUAUGGGUUGAUUUUGAUGUUGCGACGACUUUCGGCAAUAUGAGCCCUAUUGAGAAAGCUUAUUGCGAAUAUGAAAUCGAACUCAUCGAGAGUUUUGGAAAACUAUUGGACGAGGACCAGAAACAAGGACUUCCUCCUAACACGAAAUAUUAUUGA